AUGGAGGUCAUUGUACGCUGGUUCCUCUUCCUUGCAGCAAUUGUGAUGUCUACUGGCAAUCCGACUCUGGCGACAAUCGAUUGCUCGAAGCCUAGCAUCGUCCUCAUUCCAGGUGCCUGGAUUCAAGAUAUCCACAUGCAACCACUAGCUGCAGCUCUAGGCGCCAAAGGAUACGAAGUCAUCUCGCGAACUCUACCAAGUUUCAACUCCAACAAUCCCGAAGCCGACACCGUCUCCACUGAUGCGGAAUACAUACGCAACAGUGCUCUCCUACCAGAGAUCAAUGCUGGCAAAGAUGUCGUCAUUGUCGUGCAUUCAUACGCAGGAUUUCCUGGUCCGGCAGCAGCAAGCGGGCUGGCUAAGACGGAACGUCAAGCCGCAGGACAGUCAGGUGGUGUCAUUGGUCUGAUAUUUAUGGCCGCAUUCGUACCUAAGCAAGGGGUGACGCUCGCUACCCUGAGUGGGCCACUUCCAUGGCUUGUGUCUUUCCCUGAUACUCAUCAAAGUGCUGUCUCGGACCCCAACAAGAUUUUCAUGAACGACAUGCCCGAAGAGGUUGCAAGCUGCUGGGCUGAAUUGUUCGGCCGCGAAUCGGAUUCCGCCUUCAACACACCUAAUCCAGAGGCCACGUGGGAAAACCGAGCUUAUCAUAAGCGCCGCGUGUAUCUACGUACAUUACUUGACCAAGCUCUUCCUCCUGAGGCUCAAACGAGCUUCAUAUCUGCAAGCGGGGUCGAGUGGGAUGUCCAGGACCUUAAUGCUAGCCACACCGCAUUCAUCAGUGAGCCGGGCAUCGUCGCCACGGCCGUUGAUCACGCUACCAUUGCUUUCCAAGCGCAAGGUGUGCAAGCAGGUCAAGCGUUAGCACCGGUGGAGCCUGCAUCGCCCAAUACCUGGGCCUCGGUGCCAUGGGAGGAUACUUCCAAAAGACUUGCUAAGAAUUAA